ACCCAUUUUUUCUUUUACUUGUGGACUUUAACCCAUGUGACUCUGUAAGGAUAAAGACAGACAAACAGGAAGUUUCAGGAUAAGGUGACGCUUAAUCAGAAACAGGAUCAUGAAAAGAGAGCAGAGGGAGAAAGAGAGGUGAGAGAGAAAAGAGGUGGGGCAUGCUCUGAGUCAGAUCAGCGACGUGCUCCGUGGGGCACAUUUCUCAUGAGUCAGUAACUCGCUGGUGUCUUGUUGGAGCUGUGAGGAGUUUGACGGGCUGUGGAAAUAUAAAUCUUGGUGUCACUUGUCCUGGAUUUCUAAACAAAGCUGUAAACAGAGUUGGAACCCAGGACACGGCCUCCGUCUGUUUGUCUCGGUUCACUGCUUCCAUAUCAGCUUCUGCCAGGAUUACAGCAAGUUAAUUUAUUACCCCACAAAAAAAAGAAAACAUCACAAGGAGAGCAAUAAUGCACCUGCCAGACUAGGCUGCUGGAAAACAGUCUACACAGAAAAAUGCUGUAGGGCUCCUAUAUGGAGCUUUGAUGCAAAAUGUUUCUCUUCAAAUCUUCCCUCUGGUGCAUCGUCUUCAGCCUGUUCUCGCCAGCCUGCGGCUUGGAGUUCAUAGAAUACGACAGGGAUGUGGUUAUUUGCCCACAGGCAUUUUCCGACUGCACCAUCAGAAACAGUCUUUAUGAACCAAAGGACAACCAUGUUCGGUUUGAAGCAUCCUUCAAGCUCUGCUGUAAGGCCAAAAGAGACUGUGCACUUUGUCUUGUGCUAGAGACAGAGGUCAGCAACAUCCCUAUGGCUAGAGACGUGGAGAACGACAACCACUCUGGCAACGAUGAGGAAGAUGACAAUGAGGACACGACGCUUGAGAGAUCUUCUGUGACGGCAUGUUACCAAGAUCCAGCCAGCGCCUUGCCCAGAUGCAAGAAGGUGGAGUUUACAGUUAAUUACACCACUCUUGCUCACCAGAACAAGAGCAAGAUAGCCAUGGUGAUCACAGACAAGUUUCAUUUCGGAAGCCUAAUAACCGUUUAUCCCAAAAUGCGACUUGAUGCACCUUCAGAAGAGAAUGUGUGUUCCCAGGAAUUCCUCCAGAAACAUAUACCCAUGUGUCCAGUGCCAAAGUUCCGCAUCAAACCAGUUUUCAAGGAAAAUGAUGUUGAGCUGAAGAUUGUGGGCAACAAGUCCCGUCCCUCGCUCUGCAUCAAAUACGAGGAGAACGGACGCUGCCUGAGUCUGGCCCAGACCACCAUCCCCAUUCAUUCUGUGGCACCUUGCAUGUGCAUACAGGUAUGGGAUAAAGAUGAUGAGGGAACCAUGCGUUCUCAAUUAUGCCCCUUUAACAAAAAAGGAUUACCAGCUCAUUUACAAGACUUCAUGUGGAAAAACGUCUCGUUGAAUGUGCGCCUGAGCAAAACGGGUGAUAGAACAGUCCUUUUAUGGAACCUUACUGCCCCCUGCAGGCUGGAUGGUGAACUGUCGCUUUGUCGCAAACCGAGCAGCAGCGAAAGUCUUGCUGGUGUGAAAAACUGGAAACAAAACAGUUUGGGACUUUGGGAAAAACGAGGAGCAUUUGAAAACGUUGAUGAAAGCAUUUCCCAGUGUGUGAUGGUGAAAAUAAAGGGAACACAUCAGGAAUUGGGUCCAUUUUGCACGUCUGACACUAGCAGAUGGCGCUGGACUCUCCUGAUUGUCGGUGUUAUGGUGGUUGGUUGUCUGACAGCAUUAAUGGUUCAUUUCCUGCGUGAUUAUGUGAAAAAAUGGGUGUGGAGCUGGCGGCACGGUGGAUUCGUAAAGAUUGGCAGGAAGGGCCAUGUGGUUCUGCUGAGCCCCCCAGAUUUGGAUGACGCCGUUUCAGAGUCAGUUUGUCUGCUGGGUUCCCAGCUCUGCAGCCAGGGCUUCAGUGUGUCUGUGGACCAGUGGUGCAGGAAGGAUCAAUGCACAAUGGGACCUCUGCCAUGGCUCUACUCACAACUCCAGAAGCUGGACAGCAUGGGUGGUCGAGUUGUGCUGGUUCUCACCCAGAAAGCCUUAGAAAAAACCGAGGAGUGGACCGUCUUGAACAACGACGGGGAAGGACGGGAUCAGCGGCAGAUGAAGUCACCUUAUUCCGAUCUGUUUACGGCCUCAUUGUUCAUCAUUCAGGCCCACAAGAAGCUGGGCAGGGCGGCCGAGCGCUUUGUUCUGGUGAAAAUCGACUCCCACCAAACACAGAGUCACAGCAGCGACAGGAGACUUCCAGAGCUGCUUCAAGGCCUUCCUCUGUUUCUGCUUCCCGCUCAGAGCCAGUCGCUCACAACCGAACUGACCGUAGAAGAGGCAGAUACGACACGGACAGGCUGGAGGAGGAAUAUCUGAAGCAAGUGGAGGUUAUCGAAACCAUUUUUGUUAAAAAAAAGACUUUUAAGAAACUGCGGAUGAAUUUACAAAAACGGUGUCACAUAAAAAAAAUACUGCUGCAGAAUCGACAUGAAGGAUAUGCUUAUCUGGACUGAACAAGACAGAGAAGAAGUUGGCUGGAAACACUGAGUCUUUGGUUCAUAAAGAAGUAGCCCUGAAUUUUAAAAGUGAGGUUCUGGUACAAGGUUUUAGGCAGAUAUCUUAGAGUUGCAUCAGACAACUAUUUUGGCUUCUUUAUUUAGGUUAGUUUGCUCCAUAGACCAAAUCGAAAGGCUUGAUUGACAGAGACCAGAUUCAUAGCAGAUUUUGGCCGUCUUAAAAGAAUUAAAAUCUUUAAACCACCAGAUCAAUUUAGGCGGCUUCUUCUUUUAUAAAUUUUUUAAAUUGUCCUCAUGUUGUACUGGCCUGUUAUUUAUAGAAAAGGUGAUAGUUAUCUAACCAGGAAGUAAAGGUUGGAGUCAGUGCACCUCAGAUGAUGUUCCUGUGUGAAAUUAGUGCGGAGAAAAAAGCUAAACACGUUUUUUCAGUCAGAGUAGUUUCUUAAUUGUGUAAAAUGUGAAAUGUGUAAACAUUUAAGUAUUUAAACAACUAAAGUACUUUUGCUUUUUACUCUACUUUUAUAGAUGACAGCUACUCUGACUGAAAAUGCUUUCAUGCUCCAUUUUUUGAACUUUUCACACAGGACGAUCAUUUUGGGCUCACUGUGUCCUACCUUCACUUUCUGUGUAAUUAAAAACUGGCUUUUGUGUAAAUAACCCACCAAUGCAAACAGGAUGAUGGUCUAAGCCUAAUAAAAUAGUGUUCCCUCAAAAUGUUAUGGCACUUAGAGAUUAAAUUUGUUUCAAGAUGGUGUGCUGGCCUCUCUUUAAGAGGCUAGCUUCAUCCUCCAGGACCAACUAUUUUGGAUUUAUACUAAAUUUUUCUACAAGUAUAAAAAACUGCUUACAGCCUUUUCACAGAACCUCAUUUCAAUUACACAACCAGUGCUAUAAUAAUGUGAUAAUGUAAUAGUCUUUCUUUAUGGAAAGACUGUGUUUUGGUCGUUUCUCAGUCCUUUGCUGAAAAUAUGAAAUAUGUUCCUGAAGCAGGUGACGUGCAGCGUCAUGAAUAAACCUGAAGGGCAAUAAGCACAUAAAUAUGUAGACAGGUAGAUUGUAUUUUAUGGCUUCUAUUUUUAUUGUAAAUAAAUUGUAAAUAGGGAUUUUUUUUAAAACUCAUCUAUGAAUAAUAACUUCAAAGCUAUAAGACAAUUUAAUUGUACAUUUUUCAGAUGAAUAACAUCAAAUUAUUGUUAUAUAAUAGAAACAGCCUUUAUUGUCUUGCAUAGGGGAAGUUGAAGUGUUUACACAAAAAGUUCUUGAAGUGUUUAAAACAAUAUAUAAAUAAUAAUAAUAAUAAUAAUAAUAAUAAUAAUAAUAAUAAUAAUAAUAAUAAUAAUAAUAAUAAUAAUAAUAAUGAAAUGCUGUACAAGAAAGCUGCACGUCUUUUAGCUUAAACAAAUAAAAACUACUGGUCAUGGCGCAGUAUCUGGGCCAGUCACACUUAGCUAAAAAUAAACUUACGACCUAGAAGCGCUUACCAGUAGCAGAGGAUCUUAUUGGUUCAGAACGGUGUCAGUUUACCAAAGCAGGGGUGCGUUUGUGAAGAGUUUUUAUGACGAUCCAGGGGGGCGGUGUUAGGAGAUGUAAGCGAUAACAGCGAGCUCCGCUCCCUCCGGUGGUUUGAAUGUGAUUUGCUGUCAAACAGACAGUGUAGCGUGUCAAAAGCGUCUGGUUUGGAUACUUGACUUGUGUAAGGAGGUAAAAAGACGCUCUGUUGUGCUUAAAGUGUUUUCUAAAACUCACUUUCUAUCGACGGUGUGUGUUGUUUAACUAUCAGUUUUGCAGAAAGUUAAUAUUUGUCUUCAUUUUGAGAUUUUAAUUGCAGGCACUGGUUUUUUAUUUAUAUAUUUCAUGCAAUUUCUGAAAAGCCAAAGGCAAUUGUGUUAUAUCGCGCAACUCUAUUGUUUACAAGUACUGUGUUAUAAAUACUAUUGCUGUAUUGAAGAUCUAUUUCUUAAAUAAAACAGGGGAGCCAGGAA